GGCGGGGGGAAGACACCGGGCACGGAGCCGCCGCCGCCGCUGCUCCCCUGCGCCAGGCAGAGGCCAGAGGCUGGGCCCUGCUUACUUCAACAGUCACGGAAGUCAGUGGCAGACAGUUGAAUCUCAGACCUCCUAAGAGACUGACCGCAUGUGUAUUUUCAGAUGCACGCCUACUUGUGAACAGCAGAAACCUGGGAAGAUGAGAAAAGGAAUCUUAAGCCCGGUUCCUGAGAUGUGAAGAUGAAGUUUAAGCCCGGUUCUAGAAUCUGAGAUGCAGUAGAUGGUGCUGAAGCAACACUGAGGCUCCUGAAAUAUCCACAGUCCAGUGUGUAUAUAGAAAGUGCCUGCUGGCUCUUCCAAAUGUUGACGGUGCUGUGUCUUCAAGAGAUGCACUCUGGGACAAGAGAACACUGACUGCCUUGAGUAUAAACUUACGUAAGUUCUAAAAAUGGGAAGAAUUUUUCUGGAUCAUAUUGGUGGCACUCGCCUGUUCUCCUGUGCAAACUGCGACACGAUUCUUACCAAUCGUUCUGAGCUCAUCUCCACUCGUUUUACAGGGGCCACGGGAAGAGCCUUUCUUUUUAACAAGGUGGUAAACCUGCAAUACAGUGAAGUUCAGGAUCGGGUCAUGCUCACUGGCCGCCACAUGGUUCGAGACGUGAGCUGCAAGAACUGCAACAGCAAACUGGGUUGGAUCUAUGAAUUUGCCACUGAAGACAGCCAGCGCUACAAGGAAGGUCGUGUUAUCCUGGAAAGAGCAUUGGUCCGAGAGAGCGAAGGAUUUGAGGAGCAUGUUCCAUCCGACAAUUCCUGAAGAGGCUUGAGUCUCUUCUCAGGUUCUCUUCAAUUGAAACUCAAAAAUAAUAAAAUCAACAAAAAAAUCUGCUUACAUACACUGUCACCUUAGCAUCAGAGUCGGAUUCAUGGACUACAGACUGGGAAAGAUUGUGAGAGUAUUUCACAUGGAACCUUCCUUUCUUUAUUCCUUUUAUAUUUGACUUUCCCUCCAGCAGCUGUUUGUAGAAAGAAUGUUGUGCAGAUGCCGUAAUUUUUUCUCUCUUGCAUUUACAUCUGUUAGAUUUGAGAUUGUAUCUACAGAUACAAUGGGCUAAAAGGAAAAUAUUUGGGGGAUUUGUCUUUUGUUAGAGAGAAAUUCAAUGAGUUUUUUUAGUUUGCACAAACUGAUGUCAGCAUAAAGUUAUUUUAAAACUACAGGUGUUUUUUAAAAAGCAUAUUCCAAUUUUUGGCUUAAGUUUUUAGUUAGGUUUUUUUUUUUUACCCAGUCUUUUCACCUGAUUUGCUAGCUAAAGUAAAGAGAUCCGAAUUUGUGCCGAGUGCUAAAGGUUCAGUGUUGGUACAGCUUGGGCUGGCCCUUGUGCCAUAUUCUUGUUGAGGUUGAUUGGUAGCACAGAGCCCAUUAUUUCUUGUCAUUCUUGACCCAAAGAUGUCACCAUUCCUUGUUUAUUUGUGAAGUCCCAUUCACCAUGUAAACUGGUGUUGAUUGGAAACUAUUCUUGAAAUAGGGCAAAACUGCUUGGCUUUUUUUAACUUUAACUGAUGUAACUUAUAAGCAUAGUAAUAAUAUAAAAUAAUAGUUGUCUGUUUAGUCUUGCGUUGCUUACAAAUCAAGCUGUGUUUGUAAUGAUAGGGAUCCACUGAGAAACUACUGUUUCAGUAGUAAUUUUUUUUUCGUUUCUCUAAUCUCAUUAAGUAGACAGGGAAAUGCAAAUCUUAAUUCUUCUUCAAGUAGCUUUCUUUAAAGCCAGAACUUCCUAUGUUAAACACAGCUGCUGUGUAAAAGGAGAAGAUUGCCAGGGUAUUUGUUCAUGCCUAGAGUUAUGCAAUCUGCAUCUCUUGAAAAGAUAAACAGCUUGUUUUCAAAUGCUGCUUCUGGUGUUGAAACCUUUCUUUCAACUUUGUUGAACCUUUUCAUUGUGAUGUUACAUUUUUAUCUUUCUGGGCAGCAGUACAUGUCAGCCUAGUAGUAACUAGUGACUUGGAUUCCUGCUUUAUUCUUGUAGAGGUCAGCUCUGUUCAAAACAGUGAUCUUGCUUGCCUUUUUUAGCAAAAAUGCUCUUCAUUAACUUAACUCAAGGGUGCCCAAACACUUUCAUUGUGUCUUAAGCCAUAAGUUAAGAUCUCAAGGGCUGAAAUUUAUUUGAAUGUUAGAUAUGUAUGGUUCUUUAUCAAAGAUACAAGUUUGGGUUUUUUUUUAUUGGAUAAAUUGUUGUCAAUGUGAAAUAAGUUACCCACAGAUGUACAACAGCGGAAAAAAAUCCCACCCAACCAAACAGAUUUGGGCUCUGACCUUUCAGAAGGAGUUUUCUUCAUUAGCCACAGCUCCAUAUCUGAAACUAAAAUGUGGAGGGUGACUAUGCGGAGUAUUUUUCUUAAUUUUUUUGGUUGCCAAGUGGCAAUUUGGACACCCCUGACUUGAAUCUACUGCCUAUUUCAUGUAAAAGUAGCUUUAUUAUAGAAUUGUCACAUAGAAAGAAAACAGAGUAGAUCACAUACCAGAGCUGUGCUUGAAUCAAGCUGCUUAAACAAUAGUGUACUUGUGCCUCAAAUGAAUCAGUUUUUGCACUGAGUACAGUAGUACCCCAUUAUCUUGUACUUCUGUCCUUCACAGACCCUAAAAGCCCCAUUAGCAUGGUUCUCUGCAGUACUUUUCUUGUACUUCUGACAUUACAGUACAAUAAAGUAUGUUUUGUCCUGAAUUGA